CCAGCAGCCAGAGCGCCAGCCACCACCUCCACUCCACUCCACUCCACCUCUUGUCUCUUUUACAACGCUCCCCCCUCCCUCCUCGCUUUACCCCUCUCUCUCUCUUCCUCUUUUUUCCACCCGGAGAGCGAGAACUGCCGGGCCCUAAAGAGGCUGGAUUCUUGGUGCCUUUCUGAACCUUCUUUACUUUGUCCUCAAAUGGCUUCCUCCUCCUCUUCAUAUCUCCCCCCAUAGCUCUCCCUUAUGCGGCUCUGCUCCUCUUCCCCCCUGAAAGCUUCUCCAUUUCUUCUUGGUUCGUGCACUGUUCGCCCGUGCGCGCGGUGGUAGAGCAAGCAAUGGGGGCCAGGGCCGCGGGGCCAGGCCUGCCGGCGCUCCUGGCCGGCGCGCUCCUGCUCAAUAGCGCCUUCUUCCCGUCCGCGUCCGCCGCGUCCUCCUUCCCCGCAAGGAUUGCGGGCAGGAUCGUGUCCACCACGGCGUCGGCGGUGGCCAGGCAGCUCUGGUCGCUCAAAUCGGCCGCCACCAAGACGGCAGCGGGGACGGCGGUGGCGGGGCGGUCCAUGGUGCGGUACGAGGGCGGGUACGCGGUGGACACGGUGUUCGACGGCAGCAAGCUGGGGAUCGAGCCGCACGUCGUCGAGGUCACCCCUGCCGGCGACCUGCUCGUGCUCGACUCCAUCAACAGCAACAUCUACAGGGUCCAGCUGCCGCUGUCACCAUAUAGCAGGCCAAAGCUUCUUGCUGGUUCUCCAGAAGGUUUAUCUGGUCAUGUGGAUGGAAGGCUGCGAGAAGCGAGGAUGAACCAUCCUAAGGGGUUCGCUGUGGAUGAUAGGGGCAACAUUUAUGUUGCAGACGCUAUGAACAUGGCAAUAAGAAAGAUCAGUGAUACAGGGGUUACAACCAUUGCUGGAGGAAAAUCAAUUAGAGGAGGACACAUAGAUGGGCCUAGUGAUGAUGCAAAAUUCUCAACUGAUUUUGAGAUUCGGUACAUCAGUAGCAGCUGCUCCCUCAUGAUCAUUGACAGAGGAAACCAAGCAAUUCGGGAGAUUCCACUCCAUGAUGAUGACUGUGCGUAUCAGUAUGAAGCUGGUUUUCCUCUAGGAGUUGCAUUGCUUUUUGCUGCUGGUUUCUUUGGCUAUAUGCUUGCAUUGCUCCAACGACGGGUUUUGGGGAUGGCAUCAACAGCAGAUGAACCUCAAAUUCCUCCAAGACCCAGCAUUGCAAGUAUCCCUCCGUAUCAGAAGCCUUUAAAUCCUUAUGUUCGUCCCCCACUACUCCCAAGGGAAGAUGAAGCUACGAAACAGGAAACUGAAGAGGGGUUCUUCACCUCAGUCGGCAAACUCAUUGGAGGGGCAAAAUCAUCCAUGGCAGAGAUAUUUGGUUCCAGAAAGAAGCGCCUGAACAACCAGUACCAUCACCAGCAGCGAAGAGCUAACCCAUGGCCAGUGCAAGAUAGCUAUGCUAUCCCACAUGACGAGACGCCUCCACUGCUGGACACCAGAGCACCAACCCCUCAGAAGAACUAUGCGUUCAUGACAAAGGAGCCUGAGAAGAUCCACCAUGCCCGACACGGGCGCCCUUUUUUCAAUGGCUGGGACGACCACCACCACCAUCCUCAGCAGCGGCAGCCAGAGCAGCAACUGUAUCACCAGCAGCAACACCUGCAGCAGCACAGGCAGUACUCCACAGGCCCGCAGACAUUCUAUGAGCAGAGCUGUGAGGCAAAGAACGAGAUCGUCUUUGGUGCGGUCCAGGAGGUGGACAGCAAACGGCGCAUGGUGGAGAUCAAGGCCGUGAACUAUGGAGACACAUUCUAUGAGCAGUACGGGAUGCGGUACCGCAACAACUACAUCGGCUACAACAGCAACACCUAUUGAACAGCCAGUCUGUUUUCUUAUUGUUUACCCUCCUUUUUUUGUUUGAAUUAGUUACCUGAUUAGAUUUACCUCUUGCCUUCUUAUUGGCAAUCCUCCACAUUUCCUGUAAAUAAAAAUAGAAAGUGGAGGGAGUAGAAGCUAUCUCCUGUUUUGACUUGUACAAUGGACAAAACUGGGGUUUUGGAAGUACAACCUGGUUAGACUUCCUGACGUAUGAAUUUUAGUGACGUAUUAUGAAUUUCACUGACAUAUUUCGGAGUUU